AUGAAACGAAGCCCCAGCCCUCAUGAACAUCCGCUACCAUGCAUUCCACGAUUAUCCAGCCUGGAUGCUCCGGUAUCUCCCCCAAGAACGAGGAGCCCUUCGCAGAAGAAGCGGUUAAGCCAGGUGGAUGCAAAAUGGGGAUCUACUGCAGAAGACACCAAUCUCGCUGCCCUUGAAGCCGGUCAAACAGAAGUGACAGACCAUCUGGGUGUCGUCUCAUCGCAACUUCAAAAAUGUGUGCGUCCGUCGCUUCCCAAUGCACCCAAGAUACAGAUUCCCGACUGGGUAGCUCUAUACAAGCGCAACCAGCGUCCGGAAGGGAGACAUUUCGUCAUCCAUCAACAUGAUCACCCCAUCGCGGGGCCGCACUAUGAUCUCCGAUUACAGUUCUCCGAUUCGAGCUCAGUCAGUUGGUCCGUUAUGUACGGAAUGCCGGGUGACCCAAACAGUCGGCGUUUGAAUCGAAAUGCGACAGAGACGAGGGUGCACUGUCUCUGGAACCAUCUGAUUGAAACUGCAUCGGUGCGAACAGGUAGUCUCAUUAUCUGGGAUACUGGGGAGUACGAGAUCCUCCCUUACGAGAGUCAAGAUGUCCCUCCAGAGACGGACGACUCCCGCUCAGAUAUCUCAUCGGAUGUCUCUGCCGCCCUGGACGACAGGACCGACAGCGAGAAACUCCGGCACGCAUUCCACAACGUAUAUCCUCCCACUCCGCUGCACAGCCCGUGUAGACUCUCAAACUAA